UGGUAUGUAUGGCCCCCACAGAGCCCUGAUCUCAACAUCAUCGAGUCAGUCUAUGAUUACAUGAAGAGACAGAAGUAACCGAGAUGUCUGAAUCAUCAGAGGAGCUGUGGCAAGUCUUCAAAGAUGAACAACUUACCUGCCAUAGAGGCCUCUCUGCAAAGUUUGCACACCCUCUAUUUUACUGUUACAUGCUAGUUGAUGUAAAAUAACCAUAAUAGCUAUUUGCUCUUCAUAUGGGACACAUCAACAAAACAAUCACAGCUCCCAUUUUUAAACAUUGAAAGAAAAUAUUCAUGAAAUGGGUGUUCUGUGCUGCUUCAUCACCAUUUUUGCCCACAGUGAUGUUUAUUUCUCUUUAUACAUGGGCCCUUAACCCAUUUACCUGCUGGGACACUGCAUCAAGAUAUUGAUCCAACUUUUCUAUCCUGUUAAUCAUCUCACGACCCUAUGACCCUGUACAUCAAGCACCGCAAUGGAAAUGAAGUCUUGGUCUUCCGUGGUCAAAGUUGACAUUUUAUAGUUGUGUGUGACUGAAUUUUCUCCUUCUAAAUGUGUCGACUAAACUAAACAAUGUUGGAAAGUCAUGACGGAAAAUGCACCAAACCAUUCAAAAACACAGCUAACAGGGUAAAAAAAUGUAUUGUGAUAAACAUCAUUGUUUUUUCCCGCAAUCUCAGUUUCCUUAUACUGAACAAUUGUUGGCAGGUCCAAAAGAUAAUUAUCUGCAAAACAGGUUAGGCUGCUGUCCACAUUAUAAUAAUAAUGAGGAAGCUGUGAUAGACUGUGAUCAAGUUCUACAAAGCUACAAAAUUAUUUAUUUGGUUUUAUAUCAAUCUAAAUCUUUUGCUAAUUCAAAAGCCUAUACAGGUGCAGUUUUACAGAUUAUUCACCAGGGACCCAAAAAAAAGUUUCUGCACACAAUUCAGUCAUGUGAUUGAGUGAGUGUGAACUUCCUCAUUGGCAAUGGGGAUAAAGAAAAAUAAAACACGCUCAGUCAGUCCUAUCAGACUGAGAGUCUCCAAAGAUGAAGAUCUGCAGCUCAGACAUGAAGUGCUCUGCUGUCAUAAUCCUGAUGCUCAGCACCUUCUGUGCCUUUUCACAAAUUCCGCAUGAACUUCUGUAUGUUGUGGGCUGCUUCGUGAACGGCACUGUAGAGAUGCAGUUUGAGUUUGACGCUGAGGAGAUGUUAUAUGUGGAUUUCCAAACCAAUGAGAUUGUUUAUACUGUGCCAACAUCUCUUGUUCCUGAUCCGAGUCAAGUUUUGGUGGGUUUGUGUGAACUUAGAGAUCCUCUGACAAACAAAAACCUGUGUUUAUCACUUAUAAAACUUGCUGCAGCAGAGGAGAAAAAUCCACCAGAAGACAAAGACCCACCUGAGAGCAUCCUGUACCCCUCUGAAGACGUUGAGCUGGGUGUUGAAAACAUUCUCGUCUGCUUUGUGAAUCAUUUCUACCCACCUUACACCAAAAUCAGCUGGACCAAAAAUGGCCGUCCGGUGUCAAAGAAGGUGUCACUGAGUCGAUAUUAUCCCAAUAACGAUCAACCUGAGGUGAGUCAUCCCAGUCUUGGACCAGAUGUUUUCUGUGGAGUGGGCUUGACUCUGGGCUUUUUUGUUGCAAUGUGAAGAUACAUUGCUUCUUUUUCUUAAAUAUAAAGGAUCUGGGUACUUCUUACACCACCACAAUUUUAUGCAAAGAGAGAGGAAGCUGAGGAAUGGAAAGGAGGUGACAUCUGAUGUGACGUCCACUGAGGAGCUGUCCAAUGGGAAUUGGCUAUACCAGACCCACUCCUAUCUGGAAUAUACACCCAUAAAUGGAGAGAAGAUCACCUGCAUGGUGGAACAUGCCAGCCUCAUGGAGCCAAAGCUUUAUG